GACAUCCUCAUCCUCAUGACCAUCUUCGCCAACUGUGUGGCCCUGGGGGUCUAUAUCCCCUUCCCCGAGGACGACUCCAACACCACCAACCACGACCUGGAGCAGGUGGAAUACGUCUUCCUCAUCAUCUUCACAGUGGAGACGUUCCUGAAGAUCAUCGCGUACGGGCUGGUCCUGCACCCCAGCGCCUACAUCCGCAACGGCUGGAACCUGCUGGACUUCGUCAUCGUGGUGGUGGGGUUGUUCAGCGUGGUCUUGGAGCAAGCAUCCCACAAGCCCGGGGACGCCCACCACAUGAGCGGGAAGCCGGGCGGCUUCGACGUCAAAGCCCUGCGGGCCUUCCGUGUCCUCCGGCCCCUGCGCCUCGUCUCCGGCGUCCCCAGCCUGCACAUCGUGCUCAACUCCAUCAUGAAGGCCAUGGUGCCCCUGCUGCACAUCGCGCUGCUCGUCCUCUUUGUCAUCAUCAUCUACGCGAUCAUCGGCCUGGAGCUCUUCAUCGGCCGCAUGCACAAGACCUGCUUCAUCGUGGGCUCAGACCUGGAGGCCGAGGAGGACCCCUCGCCCUGCGCCUUCUCGGGGCACGGCCGGGAGUGUUCCCUCAACAAGACCGAGUGCCGGGGCCGCUGGGAGGGGCCCAACGGCGGGAUCACCAACUUCGACAAUUUCUUCUUCGCCAUGCUGACCGUCUUCCAGUGCAUCACCAUGGAGGGCUGGACCGACGUGCUGUACUGGAUGCAGGACGCUAUGGGGCACGAGCUGCCCUGGGUUUACUUUGUCAGCCUGGUCAUCUUUGGCUCCUUCUUCGUGCUCAACCUGGUGCUGGGGGUGCUGAGCGGGGAGUUCUCCAAGGAGCGGGAGAAGGCCAAAGCCCGGGGUGACUUCCAGAAGCUGCGGGAGAAGCAGCAGAUGGAGGAGGAUCUCAGGGGCUACCUGGACUGGAUCAUGCAGGCUGAGGACAUUGACCCCGACGACGAGGAGGGGGACCCUGAGGACAAGCACGCCCCCAGUCUCCCCGCGAGUGAAACGACGUCCGUCAACACCGAGAACGUGGGCGAAGAGGAGCAUCAUGCCACCUGCUGCGAAGUGUAUCUAGGCAAAAUCUCAAAGACAAAAUUCUGCCGCCAGUGCCGGCACAUGAAUCGCCACCUGCGGAAGAGGUGCCGCCUGGCCGUGAAAUCCGUCUCCUUCUACUGGAUGGUCCUGAUCCUCGUCUUCCUCAACACGCUGACCAUCGCCUCCGAGCACGACAACCAACCCAACUGGCUGACACAGAUCCAGACCUACGCCAACAAGGUGCUGCUCUCGCUCUUCACGCUGGAGAUGCUGCUCAAGGUCUACGCCCUGGGCCUGCAGGGCUAUUUCAUCAGCUUCUUCAACCGCUUCGACUGCUUCGUGGUGUGCGGGGGCAUCCUGGAGACGGCGCUGGUGGAGCUGCAGGUCAUGGAGCCGCUCGGCAUCUCCGUGCUCCGCUGCGUCCGCCUGCUGCGCAUCUUCAAAGUCACCAGGCACUGGGCAUCGCUGAGUAACCUGGUGGCCUCGCUGCUGAACUCCAUGAAAUCCAUCGCGUCCCUGCUCCUGCUGCUCUUCCUCUUCAUCAUCAUCUUCUCCCUGCUGGGGAUGCAGCUUUUCGGGGGCAAGUUCAACUUCGACGAGACCCAGACCAAGCGCAGCACCUUCGACACCUUCCCACAGGCGCUGCUCACCGUCUUCCAGAUCCUGACGGGCGAGGACUGGAACGUGGUGAUGUACGACGGGAUCAUGGCAUACGGGGGGCCCUACUUCCCCGGCAUGCUGGUCUGCGUCUACUUCAUCAUCCUCUUCAUCUGCGGCAACUAUAUCCUGCUGAACGUUUUCCUGGCCAUUGCUGUGGACAAUCUGGCCGAUGGGGACAACAUCAACUCGUCCAAGGAGGAGGAGAGCAGAAAGGGGAAGGCGGCGGAUGAAGCCCAGGGCAGCGGCAGCCAGGAUGGCAGCAUGAAGGUGCCGUGCGGGGAGGAGGAGGAGGAGGAUGAAGAAGGGAGUGAAGAAGGAGGGGAGGAGCUGGAGGAGGGCGACCAGGAGAGCCUGGCCAAGUCCCACCUGGACAAGCUGGAGCAGGCACCAAGCGAGAAAGUUCUGCCCAUCCCGGCCGGCAGCGCCUUCUUCAUCCUGAGCAGCACCAACCCGCUCCGGGUGGGGUGUCACGCCUUGAUCCAUCACCAUAUCUUCACCAAUCUCAUCCUCGUCUUCAUCAUCCUCAGUAGCAUCUCGCUGGCUGCCGAGGACCCCAUCCGGGCCCACUCCUUCCGCAACAUCAUUCUGGGGUACUUGGACUAUGCCUUCACCUCCAUCUUCACCGUGGAGAUCCUGCUCAAGAUGACAGCCUAUGGGGCCUUCCUCCACAAAGGCUCCUUCUGCAGGAACUGGUUCAACCUGCUGGAUCUGCUGGUCGUGAGCGUCUCCCUCAUCUCCUUCGGGAUCCACUCCAGCGCCAUCUCUGUGGUGAAGAUUUUGCGGGUGCUGCGGGUGCUGCGGCCUCUCCGAGCCAUCAACCGUGCCAAGGGGUUGAAGCAUGUGGUCCAGUGCGUCUUCGUGGCCAUUCGCACCAUCGGCAACAUCAUGAUCGUCACCACCCUGCUGCAGUUCAUCUUCGCCUGCAUCGGGGUGCAGCUCUUCAAGGGCAAAUUCUACAGCUGCACGGACGAAGCCAAGCACACACCGGAGGAAUGCAAGGGCACGUUCAUCGUGUACAAGGACGGGGACGUGGGGCACCCCAUGGUGCGUGACCGGAUCUGGCACAACAGUGACUUCAACUUCGACAACGUCCUGUCCGGCAUGAUGGCCCUGUUCACCGUCUCCACCUUCGAGGGCUGGCCCAGCCUCCUGUACAAGGCGAUCGACGCCAACGGGGAGAACCGGGGCCCCAUCUACAACUACCGGGUGGAGAUCUCCAUCUUCUUCAUCGUCUACAUCAUCAUCAUCGCCUUCUUCAUGAUGAACAUCUUCGUGGGCUUCGUCAUCAUCACCUUCCGCGCCCAGGGCGAGCAGGAGUACCACAACUGCGAGCUGGACAAGAACCAGCGGCAGUGUGUGGAGUACGCGCUGAAGGCCCAGCCGCUGCGGCGCUACAUCCCCAAGAACCGGCACCAGCACCGGGUGUGGGCGGCCGUGAACUGCUCGGCCUUCGAGUACGGCAUGUUCCUGCUCAUCCUGCUCAACACCAUCGCCCUGGCCGUGCAGCACUACGAGCAGUCGCAGCCCUUCAACUACGUCAUGGACCUGCUCAACAUGGUCUUCACCGGCCUCUUCACCGUGGAGAUGGUGCUGAAAAUCAUCGCCUUCAAACCCCGGCACUAUUUCUGCGACGCCUGGAACACCUUCGAUGCGCUGAUCGUGGUGGGCAGCGUGGUGGACAUCGCCGUCACUGAGGUCAAUAAUGGCGGCCAUGUCGGAGAGAGCUCGGAGGACAGCUCCCGCAUCUCCAUCACCUUCUUCCGCCUCUUCCGCGUCAUGCGGCUGGUGAAGCUGCUCAGCAAAGGCGAGGGGAUCCGCACGCUGCUCUGGACCUUCAUCAAGUCCUUCCAGGCCCUGCCCUAUGUCGCCCUGCUGAUCGCCAUGAUCUUCUUCAUCUACGCCGUCAUUGGCAUGCAGAUCUUCGGCAAAGUGGCGCUGCAGGACGGGACGCAGAUCAACCGCAACAACAACUUCCAGACCUUCCCCCAGGCUGUGCUGCUGCUCUUCAGGUGCGCCACGGGGGAGGCCUGGCAGGAGAUCAUGCUGGCCAGCCUGCCCGGGAAGCGCUGCCACCCCGAGUCGGACGUGGGGCCCGGCGAGGAAUUCGCCUGCGGGAGCCACUUCGCCAUCGUCUACUUCAUCAGCUUCUUCAUGCUCUGCGCCUUCCUGAUAAUUAACCUCUUUGUGGCCGUGAUCAUGGACAAUUUCGACUACCUGACCCGGGACUGGUCCAUCCUGGGCCCCCACCACCUGGAUGAAUUCAAACGCAUCUGGUCUGAGUACGACCCCACUGCCAAGGGCCGCAUUAAACACUUGGACGUGGUGACCUUGCUACGCCGGAUCCAGCCGCCCCUGGGCUUCGGGAAGCUCUGCCCCCACCGCGUGGCCUGUAAGAGGCUGGUUGCCAUGAACAUGCCUCUCAACGCAGACGGCACCGUCACCUUUAACGCCACUCUCUUCGCCCUGGUCCGCACCUCGCUAAAGAUCAAGACAGAAGGGAACUUGGACCAAGCCAACAAAGAGCUCCGGGCCGUCAUCAAGAAGAUCUGGAAGAGAACAAAACCCAAACUCCUGGAUGAGGUGAUACCUCCGCCAGAAGAGGAGGAGGUCACAGUGGGGAAGUUUUACGCCACAUUCCUGAUCCAGGAUUAUUUCCGGAAGUUCCGGAAGCGGAAGGAAAAGGGGCUUCUGGGGCCGGAUGCCUCCCCCAGCAACUCCACCGCCCUGCAGGCCGGGCUGCAGACCCUGCAGGACCUGGGUCCCGAGAUGCGCCAGGCGCUGUCCUGCGACCUGGAGGAGGGGGAGCAGGCGGCCGGGGACAGGCUGUGUGAGGAGCAGCUGACGUGCCAGACCCCAGAGGGACUGCUUGGCAACGCCCCCGAUCACCGCCCCACGGCGCCCGUCUCCGCCCCGGCCGAGGGGGGUGGGGAGCCCCUGGCCAAUGAGCUGCUGGACCCCCGGCGCCCCUCUUCCUCCAGUCUGGCCAGGACCCCCAGCAGCCUCCCCAGCUACGAGGAGAAUGAGGGGGGGCAGGAGGAGCUGCCCGAGCUACCCCACAUCCCCAGCAGGCACUGCAGGAACAGGCGGAGCUCUAACGGGAGCUGUGUCCCCCGGACGGUGCAUGAGGAGUCCGCCCCAGCCGAGGAGACGGCGAGGCAGCAAGGCUACAAUAGCCGGGAGGACGACUCGGAGAGCCUGGCAUCUCAGGACAGGCAGCCGUAUCUGGGGGACGCCCGGCUCUACUGGCGCCGCUGGGAUGACGGUGGCUAUGGGGGGUCCCUGCCGCUGCCCCAUCGCCGCCUCUCCAACACCCACCCGGACGGGGGGCCAGGGGGGCGCCUGGCCAAGCGCCGACGCCUCCUGCCCCCCACACCCGCAGGCCGGAAGUCGCCCUUCCUCAUGCAGUGUUUGCAGCGGCAGGGCAGCUGUGAGGACAUGCCCAUCCCGGGCACCUACCACCAGAACGCCCCAGCCCGGCGCCACCACCCCCAGGGCUACGGCAGCACCGCCUCCUGGCACAGCACCCGCCACCCCUCAGGGGACUCCUCGCAGGCCUGGGCUGCGCCCCCCAAGCGGGGCCGGCUGCUUUACGCCCCACUGCUGCUGGUGGAGGAGGGGGGGCUGACGGUCAGGGGCUGGGGGGAGAAGAGCAGCAGCCGCAGCCUCCCGCCCCCCUCCCGCACCCGCUGGGGGGCCCAUGAGCCGGACCUGCCCUGGCCCCCCUACGCCCAUCUCCACGUGCCCAGUCCCAGCUACCACGACCAGCGGGGCAGCGCUGACAGCCUGGUGGAAGCCGUGCUGAUCUCGGAGGGCCUGGGGCUCUACGCCCGGGACCCCAAGUUCGUGGCCUUUGCCAAGCGGGAGAUUGCCGACGCCUGUCACAUGACCAUCGCCGAGAUGGAGAGUGCCGCCUCCGACCUGCUGAGCCGCGGGCGGGGGGCCGGGGGGUGCAGGGGGCCCCUGGGCAGCGACGGGGAGGGGGCCCCCCUGUACAGCGACGAGGAGCCCCUCCGCUCGCGGGCCGAGGACGAGCUGGCCGACGAGAUGGUCUGUGUGGCCUCGUAUUGACCGGGGCGGGGGGCGCAAGGACCCCCCCGAGGGGACCCCCAGGACUCAGAGAUACAGCUGGACCCACCCCGAAGGGCAGGGAGCCGGGGGAGCCCCCCAGGGUGCAGCUGGGGGCAAUGGGGGGGCAGGAGAAGACAGAGGAGGGGGCUCCCCCCCAAACACAGCCCCCUCAUUGGCCGAGGCAGGCUCCUGCCCUGGGAGGGGGGCUGUGCCAGCAGCCUCGCCUCCUUUGCUGAAGCCACGCCCCCACGCAAUGGGGAGCCCCCUAGGGGAUGGGGGGGCGGAGCUGGGACAGUUUAAUAAAGUCUCUUUGGAAGAAGUGAGGUCUGGGGUCUCCUGCUGGGGGGGUGUCACAGGGACCUCCCAGCACUGGAUAUUUGGGUGGGGGAAUCGCCUAGAGGAACAGGACUGUGGCUACAUCCACCCCAAUGGGAGACCCCCACUUCCAAGGAGAGAACCCAGGAGUCCGGUUCCCAGCCCCGCUGCUCUAGCCACCAG